CAGCAACCUUCGUAGCAGGGGGGGAGCCGGGCGUGCUAGAAUGUUCCUGCGUGCCUUUCUUCUUCCUCCUCCACCCGCUUCUCCUGUGACGCAAAACAAUGUCCCACCUCUUCCGCACCGGCAGUUCGGUUGCUCAAUUGUGCGCGGUGCGGUGCGUCUCCGCCGGGACGAAACGCGGCGGGAGCGUUGUGCGCCGGCCGGGUAGUCACGCUUCUCGUCUUCUGGACCGGCGCGUGCUCCCGGGGACCAAGCCUUGGGCCGCCGCCUCUGCCUUUCGCCCCGUGCUGGCUCUCCCCUUUAGCUCCGUCGCCAUGAAGAACCUGCCGUACUUCUGCCGUGGAGAGGUGGUGCGAGGCUUCGGGCGCGGCUCCAAGGAGCUGGGCAUCCGCACAGCUAACUUUUCUGAAGAAGUGGUUGACAGCUUCCCAUCUGAUAUCUCUACUGGCAUAUACUAUGGAUGGGGUUGUGUUGGAACUGGAGAUGUGCAUAAAAUGGUUUUGAGUAUAGGUUGGAAUCCAUACUACAAGAACAUUAAGAAAUCAGUGGAAACGCACAUUAUUCAUACCUUCAAAGAAGACUUUUAUGGAGAAAUACUCAGCAUAAUCAUUGUCGGUUAUAUAAGAGCAGAACAGAACUUCGAUUCUUUAGAUGCACUUAUAGCUGCUAUUCAACAUGAUAUUGAAGAAGCUAAAAAUCUUCUAGAUUUGCCAGAAUACCAGAAAUUUAAAGAUGACAACUUCUUUCACACAGUAAAUCUUAACAAUAUGACUAAUGGUCAUUAAAUAAUGCCCUUUAUUUUCACUGUAGUUAUUUAAAUUGUACUGAUCUUAGCAGUUGUCCUUUUUAAUAGAAAAGGCUGCCCCAUUCUUUAGGAUUGUUAUUCUGUUAGCAUUAAAUUAAAAUUGUUAGUGAAAUGACUCUAAAAGUAACACUAUUAUUGUUUUUUUGUUUUCUUUCAAAAAAGGUCAGUGUAACUUGACAAAUAGAAAUGUGCAAUCUGUUAUGUGCAAAUGAUUACUAUUAACUCAUCCAAGGGCAGACAAAAGUGUGUUCCCUAAAUGUUUCUAAAUAUUUCUAAUAAUAGUUAUUUAAUUAAUUAAAAAAUGCCCAUAUUUUUGUAGUGAAAGAUUUCCAAUGGAAAAGUAGAAAUUGUAUCAGUAAUUUUACUGCCUGAACAGUUGUCCUAGAUGCUUUUAAUUGUUCAUUGAAACAUUAAUUGGAUCCAUUUGAAGUAUUUUUAAUCCCUUUAAAGUGGGAUUUAAGCCCUCUAUGACUGAAUUAUGCUAUUGAUUUCAGUGGGAAUAAAGCGUAACUUAAUUUCUUCUAUCUUCAACUGAGAAUUUCUAGAUAUUUCUAGAGCUUGUUUAUUUCACUGUUUUAUAGUACAGUAUAGUAUAAAAAGCCUUGAUCUUAUGAGAGGCAUUUGAACCUGGAACAAAGUUUUAUUUUCACAAAAGCUACUUUGCUUUUGAUGUAACUUUGCUGUUACAAAACAGCUUUUCAUUUGAUUAAAUGGUCCUUUAAUUUGCAUGGAAAACAUAUGAGCGCGCACACACACACAAAGUUGCUUGUUAUUCGUGGUAGUUAAGUCAUGAAUGCUUAUUUACCGAAUGUUGAACCAUUGCUGCUAGGGGAAAUAUAGGGCACUUGUUUACAGGAUGGAAGCUGAAACAACAGAGUCACCUUGCUCAGCUUCUGCUGGGAACAUGCAUGUCAGGUGACUCAAAUUUUUCAUUGCUCUGAGCGUGACUGCAAAACUGCCACCAGUAUUGAUUUGGAGGUUACAAAUAAAUUUUAGUGAGUAGGCAAAUUUGCAAAUAUGGAAUCCACGAAUAAUGAGGCUGGACUAUAGUGUUUGUGUGUGUGAGUGUGUUUGUGUAUGGCAUACCUGCUGCUAUGAAGUAUGUGUGUAUAUAUGCAUAUACACCAGUCAGAAUGUAACUUGCAUUCCUAACAUGUUCCUGCAGUUGAAACUUUUAUGGUAUCUAUCCAAAUAUUGUAGAGGGGAUUUGCUUGUCCCAAGACAACAUUUAUAUGCUUGGGAAAACAAAACACCAAAAGCUUAUUACCAAAUUAUGUUUUAUUCUGCUUAUAAAUUUCGUUUAAAUACAAGUUUUUAUGUGAAAUAAAACAAAAAUUCUUUUAAUUAAUUGUUAAUUGGAUUGAUGAAUAUGGUUACUGGAAAUGGAAUGUGCAUUUAAUUCAAAAGCCUAGUUUGGGAAUGUGUACACUGUGUGUAUGGAGGAUGAAGAGGACAGUGGAAAAUUCAGUUGAUUGCACUUCUACGAUUUUCCAAAUGGGCAAAUGGCUACAAGCUUCUAGGGACUUGUAGAACAUUUGAGUCUAUGUACCUGUAUAUACUCAUAUUGAAGAUACGUAAAUAAAUGCGUCGGGGGGAAAGGCCACCCCCAAUCCAUGUUCACUGCAUGAGCAUUGUAAGUUGGAAGUCUUGUGUCUCUCGUUUAAGAUGGUACCCCAGAUUGUUCAUUUGCAAAGAAUCCUGAAUUCUUCCUUUUUUCAUCAUUCAAAUAUUUAUUAUUUCAUAUUUUACAUUACAAUUGAACUUAAAAGCUUGACUCCC